AUGGGUGCAGUGCGUGACCGAGUUCUACAAAACCAGAACCAAGAACUACAAUUACCUGGUGGAAAAAAACUGAAGUUAGAAGUCAAAUCUAAAAAGAAACAGAGGCAACAAAAUCCAGAUAUCUUGACAGCUAAGAAGUCACCAGAAGAGGAUGUUGGCAUUAUUUAUCUUGAGAGCAGAAGGAAGGAGGAUGGGCAGGAGACAAUAGUACCUGCAGGUGAUUCAGUUGUUGCUACCCACAGUGCUGAAAAAGACAAUCUCACUAAAGAGGAACCAAUUAAUAAAGAUCAAACUGCACCACUAGACUCUGCUGACUAUGAAGUAUUGAUUGAAAAUGUCCAGGAGAACUGUACAAUCGAAAUGUUAAACCUGUUGAUAGAGAACAUCAGCAAUCUGACUAUGGAAAAAAACUUCAAUGUGACAAUGAGGCCAGAGAUCUGCUUAGCUGUUGUUACUUUUACAUCUCCCAUUGAUUUACUGACUUUCCUUGAAUCAUUCUCCUGCAACCCCAGAGUUAUAAGCCUAAAACUAUCAGCAAAGACACUUGAAAAGUCUAAAAGUGUUAGGGUAGAUAAUUUACCCCUCAACACAAUAGAAGAUUAUCUUAUUUUGUACUUUGAGAGUCCAACGUAUGGAGGUGGGCAAGUGCAGGAAGUUGAACUAAUACCUGAAGAGAAUGCAGCCAUUGUUACUUUCAAAGAUCAGCAAGUUGUGAAGACUGUGCUGGCAAGGAAGCACCUGUUUGGAAAAACACCUCUAUCUGUGAAUCCAUAUCACCCAUUACUGGGCAGAUCUUGUGUAACCACUCCUAAACCUCUUGAGUUUCCAAUAAAUCCAGACAUUUUGGAAUUUAUACUGAAAAAUGCAGAGCUAAAAUACAGCAUAGAGCAAAAAAUGUCCGGUCACUCAUGUGAAGUAACAUGGCCAGAUUCAGACUGUGCAAACCCAGUCAUAAAACUUUGUAUUUCCAGCAACACAUCUGCAGAUCUUAGGAGUACACCAAAGCUUGUCAAGAACCUGAAAGAGGAGGUUACAAGAGAAUUCUUGAAUAUUAUUACAAUCUACAAAGUCACAGAGCACAACGUAAAUAAAGUUGUUUGGGAAGGCAUCAAAGAUUUCUUAAGUAGUCCCAUGUACGAGUCUGUUUUGAUCAAACAAGAUUCUGAUAAAGAUAAGGUUUUCAUUGUAGGCCAUUCCGAUGAUCUUACUACAGUAGAACCAACCUUCAGUAAACUAGUGGAGAAUACACUUAGACACAUAGAAAUAAAAAAACUAAGUAUAAAAACAAAAUUGCCCCUGACCUCAGUUCUGCAUAAGAUAAUAUUGAAAAAUAAUCUUGAGAAGAAAUUAUUAAAAGAGUGUCCAGAUGUGAAGAUUGACUAUGAUGAAUCAGCAAAGGAGGUCAUACUCUGCGGACUUAAAGAGGACGUGUUUUAUGCCAAAUGUGAAAUACUAAAUGUAAAGCAAGAACUAAAAAGAAAAAGCAUUAGCAUUGACUGUAACAUAAAAAAAUACCUAAAUUUUACUGAUAAUGAUGAGUUGUCUUCCUUAUUAUUCAUACCUAACAAUAUUAAUGCAAUGUUGCAGAUUGAGGGCGAUGUUGUUGCACUGACUGGUUUAGCUAUGGAGGAUCUGACAAAGGCAGAAAACAAGAUGAAGUCUGAAAUUGUUUGUAAACACAUUGCUGUUGAAAACCGUGACAUAGUUGAAACUGCAGAAUGGAAAAGUCUUAUAAGUUUUUUUUCUGAGAAGGGCACUAUUCUGAUUGAGGAAAUCGAAAACAAUGUGCUUAUAGUUGGUCUUUCUUCAGAUGUUCAAAACUCCUAUGAGAGGCUAGAUGACUAUCUGGAUAAAAAUAUUCCAUUCCAGGAAGACAUUCAGGUCAAAUCUAUGGCAAAAGUUAAGUUUUUAAUGAAGGAGAGAAAGGAGGUCUGUGAAGAUAUAAAUAAAAAUAAUGUGAAAAUUUUAGUGAAGCAAAAUAUUAUUUCCUUGUGUGGUAGUAAAAAAAAUGUACUGGAUGCAGCUACAUGUAUUAAAAAUGUUUUAACCUCACUAUUUUCAGACACUCUGUCAAUUGACAAACCUGGAGCUAAGAAGUUUAGUAUUGAGAAUGAAGACAUGUACGUUACUACAGCUAGGCAGAAGUUCAAUUGCUUGAUAUAUUUACAAAAGGAUUUGGAAGACACCUUCACAAGUUAUGAAAAAGUUCCAAAUGAACCUCUCUAUCAAGUAAAGCUAUCAGAAGUUGUCAUUGCUGUUUAUAAAGAUGAUUUGACACGUCACAGUGUUGAUGUUGUGGUUAAUGCAGCGAAUGAAGAUCUAAAGCACAUUGGGGGAUUGGCUUUGUCUCUGUUGAAAGCAGCAGGCCCCAAACUGCAAACUGAUUGUGAUAUUAUUGUAAAGAAUAAAGGAAAAUUAUCUGCUGGGAAAUCUGUAAUCACUGGUGCUGGUAAUUUACCAUGCAAGCAUGUUAUACAUACUGUUGGACCUAGAUGGAACUCCAUGCCCCCCAAAAAAUGUGAACGUCUGCUGAAGGAAGCAAUAAUGAAUAGCUUGGAGAUUGCUGCAGAUAAUGGUCUCACCUCCAUUGGAAUUCCAGCUGUCAGUUCAGGAAUCUUUGGGUUCCCUCUGGAUUUAUGUGUGAAAAUAAUUGUGGAAUCUGUCCAUCAGUUUGUGGAAGAACAAGGAGACAAUAGCAGUAUUAAAAGAAUUCAUUUGGUGGAUACAGAUGAUAAUAUAAUUACAAUUUUCACUGAUGCUUUAAAAGUUGUGUUUCAUGAUCAAGAUAUCAAUACCUCUUCUAAAACUGACAAGCGAAACAAUGAGAUGAUAACAUCAGUAAGAAAGGAUGAAGCAAAUAGAUCUAAUGACCAGAUGGUGACAAGCAUAGAGGGUAUUCAAAUCAAAGUAAUCAAAGGAAAUAUUCAAGAUGCAAAAACAGAUGUGAUCGUGAAUAGCGUGGGAAAGGACCGUGACAUGGGAAGUGGUGGAGCUUCAAGGGCGUUAUUGCAAAAGGCCGGCAAUAAAAUCCAGCAACUUUUAACUCAAGCAAUCCCUGAGACAUCUGAAGAAGAAGUUUGUAUUUAUAAAACUGAAGGCUGCAAUCUUUCAUGCAAGACAGUUAUUCAUGUUGUGGUUCCACAAUGGGAUAAUGGAAAGGGCUCUUCUGAGAAGAUUUUAAGGCAGAUUAUACAAAGCUGCCUAUUUCUUACAGAGAAAAAUAAUUGGAAAUCUAUGACCAUCCCAGCCAUUGGAACAGGAUUACUUGGAUUCCCCAAAAAAUUGAUUCCUACUUUGAUGUUUGAAGAGAUUUUUAAAUUUAGCACAAAAUCUAGAGUCCAGCAUCUUCAAGAAGUCUGUUUCAUUCUACAUCCAAGUGAUGUGGAUGUUAUUAAGGAAUUUUCAAGUGCACUGGAGAAACAAAAUGAACUAAAUGCAGCUAAAGUCAAUAAAAUAACAGAAGAGAGUUUAAAAACGGAUCCAAAAGAGAAGUCCGAUUUAUGUGGAACAAUUACAGAAGGAACAUUGGGAGUUUAUGAAAUGCGGAUUGGUCCAAUUACCUUUCAUGUGAGCACAGGCGAUAUAACCAAGGAAAAGACUGAUGCCAUUGUUAAUUCAACUAAUAGUUCAUUUAACCUUAAAUCAGGAGUCUCCAAAGCAAUACUGGAUGCAGCUGGACAAAGUGUUGAAGAUGAAUGUAAAAAACUUGGAUCACAGGAUAACAAGGGUCUUAUAAUCACAAAACAAGGCAAUCUGCUUUGUAAAUGGAUCAUUCACGUUUAUAUCAAGAGUGUACAAGAAGAGAUAAAAUCAUGUGUCACAAAAACUCUGAAGGAGUGUGCAAAGCUUUCAGCUACAACAGUGUCCUUUCCAGCCAUUGGAACAGGUAUUGGUAAACUUUCUCCUGGUGCUGCUGCUGAUGCCUUAUUGGAUGGUGUGGUUGAAUUUGCCAGCUCAAAACAUGCCAAUUCCAUUCAUACAGUGAAAGUAAUUAUUUUCCAGCAGAAUUUGCUGAAUGACUUCUACAGGAGUAUGAAAAAGAAGGAAGGAACCAGCCUUCCAGAACAAACAACCAUAUACAACACGGUUAAAUCAGCUUUUUUCAAAUUAUUCACAUCAAACUCAGAAGAAAAAGAGGACUGCAAAGUUUUUGAAUUGAAAGAAAACAUUGAACCAGCUAUUUUCCAACUAUGUAGUGACAACAAGAAAAAUGUGACUGAUACUUCGUCUUGGCUUGAAAACCUUAUUUUAAAAGAACAGCAUGAGAACACUAUCACUGAUGACUGGAUCAAAGAUUUUGAAGAGGAGGAGCAUCAGAUAUUGUUAGACAUUCAGAAGAAUUAUCAAGUCACUAUUUCUUUUGAAUGCACUGGUUCCAGUAUCAAAGUGUCUGGUCUCACCAGAGAUGUUCUGGAAAUAUCAAAUAAAAUCCAGGAAUUAAUAAAGAAAAUAAGAGAAAGAAAAAUAAUGAAGCGAGAGGCAGAGCUGUGCAGUAACUUAGUGGAAUGGAGAUACCAAGAAGGAGGCAACUCUAUUGCCUUCAAUAUAAUGACAAACCUGGAACUUGAAAAGGCCAAGAAUGAGAACAGGCAAAGCCUUACUAUUGAUAUUAAAGGUGUGAAAUACACUGUUAACAUGGAACUGAAGUCAGCCAUUGAUUCAAUGGGUAACCAAGUGAAUAUUGAACGAAUCCCUAAACAUGAACAGCCAAUCGAUUUGCCUAAACAUUGGGACAGUAUGGAUAAUGACCAGCUAAAAUUGGUGCUUUUGCAUCCUGGAACGUCUGAACACUCAGAAGUUAAGCAACACUUUGAAUUGUCAUAUAAAGUGCCAAUAAUUAAGAUUGAGAGGGUUCAAAACAAAACUCUGUGGUUAAACUACCAAAUUAAGAAGGAGAGUAUGGACACCAAGAAUGGAAACACUAACAAUGAGAAAAAACUGUUCCAUGGGACAACCCUUGAUUCUGUGAAAAACGUUAAUCACAAUGGAUUCAAUCGUGGUUUUGCUGGGGCAAAUGCUGCACUAUAUGGAAAUGGGACUUACUUUGCCAAUGAAGCAUCAUACUCUUCUUCAUACUCAAAAGCUGAUUCAAAUGGCUAUAAAUAUAUGUACCUAGCAAGGGUGCUCACAGGGUUGUCAUGCAAAGGAGAGAAAGGAAUGCCAGCACCUCCACCCAAGAACGCAAGUGAUCCAACCGACUUGUUUGACAGUGUAACUGAUACCGUUGACAAACCUUCAAUGUAUGUCAUUUUCAGUGACAUUCAGGCUUAUCCAGAAUAUCUAAUCACAUUCAAAUAAGGUCCUUAGUUAUCACAUUUUUAACUAUAAUCAGUGUAUAUUUUGUGCUACACAGAUACAAUGGAACAAUUAUUUGCACCACAGUUUCUGGUUCAUUAUCAUUAUCGUUAACAAAAAAAAUAGUAAUUAAUAGUACAUUUAAAAUCAUUUGCUGUGUAUGCAUGCUAUGUAUCAGUUAAAAAUGUUUUUGGAAAAAUACAAAUAAUGUUAAUGCAUUUAAAAAUGUAGUUUUUGUUAAUAUUGCAGGUUUUUAUUAUUUCAUGGAAAAAAGAGUAUACUGCUUUAAUAAAGUCUUGAGUAUGUU